AUGUCGAAGAAAGGACAUUCUCCCGAAGAAAUGGAUUCGUCUAGUGCGGGAAGCGUACCAGACAGAAACUAUCCGAAACUUGGUGAUGAUCUGCACGCCGAGAUAGAGGCAAAGCAACGCCGCAUUUUACAGGUUUCCAAAACUUUCGUGCCGAGCAGCAGCGUUCAUGAUCGAAUCAUCAGCGUAACCCAGUGCGCGCAGUUUCUUCGAGAUCAAUGCCGAGAUUCUAAGGCAAGUCUCCGCUCAGCUUCCAAUGGUUACAAGGAGUUGAGAAGCAAGUGGUCCAAGUUAUCAGCGAGGCGCAAAUUCCUUCUAGAAAUGAAGGCCACUAUCAUGCACAUCAAAAGCAUUCAACUGGUAGCGAAGGCGGUCGAUGACGGGUUGGAACAAAAUAAUGCCGGAAAGGUCACCGAUGCCAGUGUCAAGUUCGAGUCUCUCAACGCGACAGCUCCAGUUCGAAUGGAUCAGAGGUACACUUGUCUGCGACCGCUCGCGGAUUCUGUAGCUCUUUCCGUCGCUGGUUCUAUGCAAAUGCUACGAUCAUCCCUGCGUGAAUCUUGUCUACGCUUCGAUCCAGUCGGCUACGCGAAAUGCAUAUCGGACUUCAACCACUUCGGGGCAUCAUCUCAAUUUCUUUCCUACGUCUUUCAUAUUUUUGGAGAAGAGGCGAAGCAGCUUUUCGAGAUGGCCCUCCUUGUAGAAGCGAAAGCAUGCCAAAAAGCACAAUUCUUUUUCUCGAGGGUGCAGAGCUUGCUGCUGCAGUUCUCUAGCGUUCUUCACUUUCCUGCAGACUUUCCCUAUGACGAGCAAGAAGCGCGCAUUUGGUGGCGUUGUUGGGAGGGCAGUACUCAACGCAGUUUUCCUAGCCCUCCCUUUCAACAAUUCUCGGCACUUGCCGCAGGUCUGCUCUCCCAUCUAAAACCCGAACUGCUUCGAGAGAAGUGCUCUUCCUUUUUGAAUGUGGCUGACGCUGCAAAAUCCCUGUUGGAGAAGCUUACAGACGCGAGAUUGGCAUUUGAGUCACUGCGAAUAUCAAAGAGGGAAGAACCAGUCGUUCUGUCGCAACCAGACAAACCAAACCCCGAUGUCGUCUUACUACCAGGAGGAGCAGUGAUCAUAAAUCCCGGCGGGCGAAAAACUGUUCGUCGAAGAAAUUCCCUAAGACGUGUUGAAGCAGUCGAAGCCAUGACGUCUUUAUCAACAGCAAUUCAAGACAUGAGCAUGGAAUGGCUUGCAGAUCGUCAUAUUUGUCGCGUAGAAGAGCUCCUCUUGAAUACCAACACACCAGAAUCGUGGAUUCGAAUUAAACUCCCAGAACGAGAUUUGUUUGUGUUGCUCAAGAAUGCUUUUGAUGGUGUGGGUGGACGCCUGGAUGAAAAGAGGAAGAAUUUCCGUGACACCCAAAAUCCAGAUGAACCAUUCGCCAGUAUCAUGUCGGAAUGCAUCAGCCCCGCGGUAGUCACGUUCACGCCAGCUUCUACCGGAAUACUGCGGUGGGUAUCGGAGUAUUCAACGAUCGCAGUAGCAAUAGCUGGAAUCCUGCCAGAUGCUGUAGGCGUUAUCUCAGAAGUCUUCCUCACUCAAGUGCAUUCAUCAGUAGCAUUGAAUGACAGUAUUCAUGCUUCAAGAUCCAAGCCAUUGCUCAAGUCAGUCGAAGAUUUGGUUUUGGAGAAGCCGAAAGAGAAGACCAUUUCAGAUUUUAUUAACCCUACGGUCAAGGAGGUUUAUAAGGCCUUUGCUAAAAAAUACAGUACUCAAAGAGCAACUCGGCCCGACUCUAAGCUUCAGUUUCAAAUGCAAAGCCCUACAGCUGAGAAUUGCUCUCACACGUACAAUUAUGGCGGUAGUGCGCUACUGUCAAAAUCCUGGGGGCACUCCGGGCUGGUUACCCACCAAUGUGUGGCAGCUGAGGAGAUUGGUACACUCUGUCUCAUAGUAGGCCGCUUUGCUAAUCUUAUUGAGAGUAUUUCGACUCACUAUACAAACCUCAGAGAGUACGGUGGAAGUCUGCAACUAGCUUCUCUGCGGUCAGCACUUUCUAUUGGGAUCGAAGUGCAAACAGCAAUCUACAAACUCCUGGCAUGGGAUAUUAUCGGUGGAUGGGAUGCAGUUUCAACCGUCGCGGCGACUUGCCGGUCAUUCCACCAGCAAGGUGGGGUGGAAAUGGACGAGACAGCAUCAACUGCCUCCCCAUUUGUUACCGAAAUGGUUUCAAGAAUAAAGUGUGGAUACUCAGAUGUGUCCUUGCCCCCGAAAGCGGCAGAAAAGCUAGCUUUCGCGGUUUGUGAGGCGGGGAUGGAUGCGGUGCUGGAAGGGUUUUCGAGAGUACAGCAUUGCAGCCAUACUGCUGCAGCAUCGCAAAUGCUGCUCGACAUUCGAACAUUGGACCUUGCGCUCGUCGACCAUACUGGAAUCUACCCUUGCCCCGGUCAGAUGCGAACAGAAAUGUAUGUCAAAGCGACGUUUCUAGAAGAAGCUGAACUGAAACAAUGGAUAGAUCGUCACAAACGGAAGUUUGGCCUCUCGAAGGCCCAUUUAGAUGCGCUUUUAUUAGGAUGCCGUACGCAUGAGAUUCCUGUCGUAGACCAAAUCAUCACGUUAUAAAGUUAGAUUUGAGAUGUGUUA